GGCUGAGGCCAGGGCGCCUGCGCAGAAGGCGGAAGAUGAAGGUGGCGGUGGCCGGUUGCUGCCAUGGCGCGUUGGACAAAAUGUACGAGACCCUGCAGUGGUUGGAGCAGCGCCACGGCCAGGCCAUGCCGGACUUGCUCCUCUGCGCCGGAGACUUCCAGGCCGUCCGCAACGCGGCGGACCUGUGCUGCAUGGCGGUGCCCCCCAAGUACCGCGUCUUGGGAGGCUUCCCGCGGUAUUAUUCUGGAGAGAAGAAGGCUCCUGUCCUGACCAUCUUCAUUGGGGGCAACCACGAGGCCUCUAAUCACUUGCAAGAGCUGCCGUACGGCGGAUGGGUGGCACCAAAUAUCUAUUACCUUGGUUACGCAGGAGUUGUAAAGUACCGCGGGGUUAGAAUUGGCGGGCUCUCUGGCAUCUUCAAAUCUCAUGAUUACCGAAGAGGUCACUUUGAGUGUCCGCCGUACAACCAGCAAACGAUAAGGAGCAUCUACCAUGUAAGGAACAUUGAAGUCUUCAAGCUCAAGCAGCUAAAGCAGCCGAUGGACGUAUUUCUCUCCCACGACUGGCCAAGAAGCAUCUAUCAUUAUGGAAACAAGAAACUGCUGCUUAAAAAGAAAGCCUUCUUCCGCUCGGAAGUGGAGAGCAACACUUUGGGAAGCCCCGCUGCCUCCGAGCUUCUGGAACACUUGCAACCCACGUACUGGUUCGCCGCACAUCUGCAUGUGAAGUUUGCAGCUGUAAUGCAGCACAAGGCCAGUGCCGCUGGGGUGCAGCCAAAGGCAACAAAAUUUCUUGCCCUGGAUAAAUGCUUGCCGCAUAGAGACUUUCUACAGAUUGUAGAGAUUGCUCAUGACCCCAGCGCCUCUGACACUCUGGAAUACGACCCCGAGUGGAUUGCUGUUCUGAAAGCCACAAACAGUCUCAUUAAUGUGUCUCCGAAUUACUGGAAUAUGCCUGAAAACAAUGGACUGCACGCAAAGUGGGACUACAGCGUUUCAGAAGAAGAUAUCGAGGCGUUGUUGGAAGAGGCAAAUCACGACCUUCAGGUUCCACGUAACUUCAGUGCUAUCAUUGAUUCCGAUGGCGCAAACAAAUCUCAGCAGCACAGGGAACCGGUUCAUAGAAUCAAUUCCCAGACCACGGAGUUCUGUGCCCGGUUUGGCCUUACGGACAUUAACUCCAGAAUCCAGCAGUUAAGAGAAGGUGAUGAAGAGGAGGAGGACGAAGAAGAGGUGGAUAGUACUGGCUCAGCAGAGGAGCCCAGUGACUAUAAUACAGACAUUUCCGGUUUAUCAUCUUCUAUCAACCCUGAUGAAAUAAUACUGGAUGAAGACAGUGCCGACGAAGAGGCAGAGACCUCCUCCGUGGGUCCAUCACCCGACCAUUCCGGUAACGUCUCUACAACGUUUUCCAACGUCCGGGUCAUGCCGGAUUCUAUGACUGUGUCACCGCACGAUACUGUGGAAACCGGGGAUGAUGAAUUGGAGGAACCAAGCGACGGAAACCAGACGGGAGAGCAAAGCCCUGGCGAGAAACCUUUGAAGCGGCUCAGUGGCGAAAACAAAGAUGGUGGCCCAAAGAGAAUCAAAAGGCGGAACCAAGCUAUUUAUGCUUCCAAAGAUGAAGAUGAGGUGGAAUGAGAAAUACCUUUGUUGACAUCCCCAAGGGGUUGGGGUGGGGAGUCUUUUACUGCUCUGCUUCUCUUAACUUUGGAUGGUUCGGGAAGAUUUUUUGAGGACUCGAUAGUUUUGAUACUUACAACAAAAAGCCCUAUUUAUUUAUUUUUACACCAGCUUUUAUAAUAGAUCAAAUAUUUUAUUUAGCACAAACAUUGAUUUGGCGGGAAGAGCUGUCGGCUUUUGCAAACUGGAAUCCAAUGCCAAAUCUGAUGCCUUCUGAUCAGUGGCUUUCCAGACAAGGAGAGAAUCUUUUACAUUUUAACGCAGGCUGGAAAAGGGGUAUUUUUGGAGCUGGCGGGGCAGGUUCAAAGUGACGUAUCUUCAUUGGCACUCAGGCUUCCCCGCCUCUCCCUGGCAAUCUGGAUCAAUGAACUCUAAGGUCGGAUCUCACAUUUGGUGCACUUUGCCUGGGCGAAUAUCACAAGUUCACGUUUUCUCAUGAAGUCCCUCUUC